GAAUUUGCUAAGGGAUAAUAGUUAGGCUGCAUUCCUGCCCAGUGCUACUGGUGAUGUUUGACAGGGAUCAACUCCAAGACGAAAGAACUGCACUUUUCUGAUUUUUGGACAUGAAAAUUUUUCUGUCAAAGUGAGACUACCUUUGAACAAACUGGAACACAUGUGGGAUGACUGACAGUCGAUUCACAAUGAAUGAUUCAGAGGAGGAAGAGGAGUUCCAUGAUGCAGUGGAUACCUUCGUUGAGCCGGAAGAAGAUUAUCUGAUAUCAUCACACUCUGACCAUAAUCCUCCAAGAGGAGAAUUAACUGCUCUCCAUGCUGGCAGUGAGGCUGUUCCUCUAGGCAUGACACCUAUUGGAGAAGACUGUUUGACUGUAGCCAUUCAGCAACUAAAUCUGGGGACAGUGCAUGUAAGGGUAGCAGAGAACGGAGAGGAAGUCCCAGCAGCUUCUGUCUUUACAGAGCCCAGCCCUCCUAUCCAGAUUAUUGCAAAUGAGGUAUGCAGUGAUUCGGUGUCUCUGCAGUGGGACACUCCUGAUGGUGAAGUAGUGAGCUACACUGUGACUUGUUGCAGCGAGGGGAAAACUGUGCAAGAGCUAGCAACAGACACAAACAGUCUGACCUUCAGCUGCCUGAAGCCAGGGGUGUGUUACUCCUUCCAUGUAUCUGCACAGCUUAAAAAUGGAACACAAACCAAGCAAACAGUAACAUCUGUUAAAACAAAAACACAGUUUGAGAGCUUAUUGAAGGAUCUUGGCUUGGACCAGCACUACACCGUGAAGUUGUCACUCAGCAAAAUACUUGAAAUUGAUGAGAAGACCAUCACUGAUCUACCUGCCAAGUGUGAAACAGAUCUUCCAUGGUACUUUUUAAAGAAACUGAUGAUGGGUAAUGUGACAGCUAGGAAUGUGAAAUAUAUACCUGUUUGUGACUCAAACUGUGACGAUCAAUUAGGGAGUACAAAGUUAGAUCUUAAAAAUAUAGUCCAUAGCCCAAAGACAGGUGUUAUGUUAAAUCCACUCGAUAUAAUCACUGCUCUCUUUCUGUGUUCUGAUGGUUUUCUACAGCAGGAAAUGUCACUAAAAAUGUCCAUGUGUCAGUUCUCUGUUCCUCUGCUGCUUUCUAAUCAUGACAUGAAACAGUGCACACUCAUGCUGUGGGCCAUGAGAGACAUUGUUAAAAAGUACAGACCUCAGUCUCUGUCAGAGUCCAAGGGCUUCAUUGAAGACAGAAUCGUUCUCUCUGAACUUCCAAUGAUCUCUUUUGUCAGACUGGGUGAGUGCUCCUUGUCCAAGUCAGAGAUUCUCAAUAAACUUCUGAGCAAUUCUCAGCAGUACCAUGACACCUUUGUUCAUCGCAACAUGGAGUGUGGUGACAGUCCAAGAAGAAUAUCCAACGGACUGACUGAAAUUACUUGGUAUCUUCCUUGUGGAAACACAAACAUUGAUAUUUUCAGUCAGCCAGUGGCUGUAGCUAACCUUCGUGGGGACAUUGCUUCAUUUGAAACACAAUACUCCUUUCUGUGCCAGACAUCUGCAGCAGUUUUUGUGUUCUUUGACCAUUUGGACUCUGAGUGCAGUCUACUUACUAACCAACACCACAAGGCACAGAUCUUCUUGGUAGGUAACUAUGAGAGCCAGAGCUUCAGUUUAGAUACUUUAGAAACAGUAGCAACAAUGUUGGGCUUGACUAACAACAACAUCAUUAUUAAGACAAAACAAAAAAAUUAUGCCGAUUUUGUCAAAGGCUUGAGGAAAACAAUCAGUGAUGUAGUUGAGAACUCACAGAUAAAGAUGCAAACAGAGCAGAUGGCAGAAAUUGCCCAUGAACUGGGAAUCCUGGUUGAUGAAGACUCUCCAGAGUGCCAGACUGCAAAGACAAAUGCAGAAGCCAUCACUGCUGAAAUUCAAGAUAUCCAUAUAUUCAAAGAAGAUCAGCUUCCACGGCAAGGUGAAAUAUGGAAAGAACUGACCUGCUUAGAGAAGGAAGAAUUUCGGCUUAAAAAAGUUGGCUCCAAAAAUAUAGAAGAUUACAAAAGUGAACUUCAGCUGCAGAAAGAAAAACUGAGGAAAAGGCAGAACUCUUAUGACAUGUCCACAGCUAUGACAUGUUUCAUCAAUGCAAUAUCAAGCCCAGGAACAGAGAGGUUUUAUUUCCUGAAAUGGAUGCGAAUGAACCUGGAUAACCUGUCUCGCAUAAAACUGUCUGAACUUCGGGAAAAAUAUAAAGAAAAAUGCAAGAACUCUGAGAACAAAGAGGAGAUCAAAGAAAUUGACAGACAAAUUUCCAACAGCUCACUGGGGACUGAACACUUCUUCCGUGAAAUGGGUCAGAUCUAUGAAGCUUCACUGUCCCUUCCAAAAAAACAUCCAGCACGUCAACAGCUGCAGCAUCUGCCCAAACUGUGUGCAGAGUUGUUGCUUGAUGGAUUUCCUCUUGAGCUUGUAGAUGGAGAUGCAUCCAACAUCCCUCUCAGAUGGGUGAGUGAUGUUCUCUCUCAGCUCAGUGACUUGGUUUCUCCAAACAGAAAGAUACGUGUAGUCACAGUUCUUGGAGUUCAGAGCACAGGAAAGUCCACUCUCCUUAACACCAUGUUUGGAGUGCAGUUUGCAGUCAGCAGUGGUCGAUGUACUCGAGGUGCCUUUAUGUUGCUCAUCAAAAUCAAUGAAGACAUGAAAAAGGUCCUAAAUUUUGACUUCAUGGUGAUCAUUGACACUGAGGGCUUAAAGUCACCAGAACUUGCACAACUAGACAACAGCUUUGAGCACGACAAUGAGCUUGCAACACUUGUUAUAGGGUUGAGUGAUGUCACCAUUGUCAAUAUUGCAAUGGAGAAUUCAGCCGAAAUGAAGGACAUCCUACAAAUAGUUGUGCAUGCUUUUCUCAGGAUGAAGGAGGUGGGCAAAAAGCCUAAAUGUGUGUUUGUUCACCAGAAUGUGUCCGAUGUUUCAGCCCAUGAGAAGAACUCACAAGACAGGAAACUGCUCCUGGAACAGUUAAAUGAGAUGACCCAGGCAGCAGCCAAAAUGGAAAAGAAAGAGGAGAACAAGAGCUUCACUGAUGUGAUGGAGUACAGUCCAGACACUGGGAACUGGUACAUUCCUGGACUCUGGAAUGGAAACCCACCAAUGGCACCAGUCAAUGCAGGCUACAGUGAGGCUGUAUAUGAGCUCAAGAAAAACAUCAUCCAACUGCUGGGAAACUGUGAGUCAUCUGCUAAUGAUAUCAUGGAGUUUAAAGAGUGGAUGACAAGUCUCUGGACUGCAGUAAAGCAUGAAAACUUUAUCUUCAGCUUCAGAAACAGCCUCGUAGCUGAUGCAUACAUGAGACUCUGCACAGAAUUCAACAAAUGGGAGUGGGAAUUCAAAAAAGAGAUGUACAUCUGGGUUACAAACACAGAAACAAGAAUUUCCAAUUUUGGUAAAGUUGCUGUAAAAUCUGAAUCGUCUGACAUGAGAGAAUUUCUCAUAUGUUUGAAAAGUGUAGCCUCCACACUGCUGUCUAGAUGGGAGACAAAACUUCUCGAAAAUCUGACACAGUAUUUUCAGCAAACAGAGGGUCAUGUUUAUCUGGUUGAAGGAUACAAAGAGGAAUUCUCAAACAGUGUAAAGAGCCUUCGGCACGAAAUGGAGAGAUCUGUUUUUAAUCAGCUCACAGCAGCAGCAGAAAUCAGAGAGGGGAUGAGAGAAAUUGAAAAAAUUAAAAAGAACCAUACACAAGAGAUUGAAAAUGCAGUUUGUGUGUUGAUAGAUGAAUGCAAAAAGAAAAAAGUCCAGAUGACAGACAAAGAGCUGGAAAAAGAGUUUGAUAAGAUGUGGAAUGAAACACUGGAGAAACUUUCUUUUUGUGAACAAAAGACCUUCAGUGUCUUCACCAGCGUAUACCACUUCCUGCGAAUCAAUCUGUCACACAGGGGGAGUCAUGCAUGUGAAUUAUUAAGUCAACAAUGUCUGGAAGAUUGUGGAAAAGAGCCUUUCAAAUAUACAGCUGAAGGAUUCUACAACAAAUUUAAACACAAACUCAGCAAGAUGUUCAACAUUCAAGAUCACACAAUGGCUGUACAGCAAUUGGCUGACAGCAUCAUCAAUUUUUGCACUCAGUUUGUAAGUGAGAAAAUGGAAAGCAGAAACAAUUACCAUGAGACCUACAUCCAGGAGAUCCUACACAUGAUUGAUGGGAGUCUACAGUACAAUCACGAUGUUAAGACAGACAUCGAGUUUGAAGUUUCUCUGAAACAGCACAUCUGUGGAUUUGCAGCCAGAGAGUUUCAGAAAAUGCACGAAGAUUUCAUCCAAGCAAAUGAUCCCUACAGAUGUCUGAUGAAAAACAAGGAAAAGUUUCGUGAGGAUUUCAAAGACAUCUUUAAUAAAAGAGACCAGUGUCAGAAGAAGGCAGAAGAAUUCACCAACAAAUGCUUGAAGCCUGCUGUGGAAGACUUUGUUAAUCGCUCCCUGGGUCCUAAUAUCAUUGAUGACAUGCUGACAUGUGAGCAGUUCAGCACACGAAUGUCCUUCCAGUAUUCAGUUUUAUUGGAUUUACUCUCAAAGAAUGAUUUAAAAAACUAUCUGAGUUAUAUUUUUUCAUAUGAGGAUUAUGUAAAAACAUGGAUUUACCACCAAAUAGUGGAGCGCUACUCAAAUGUGUCAACAGCAUUUGAAUUUGAGGACCGACAUCUCCAGUCAUGUAUCAGAAGCAUAAAUGAUGCCAUCAACAAGGCAAAAACAGGAAAGAGUCAUGACUUGAAGACAUUUGUGGAAAGCAUUCGCAAAGAUCUUGAUAAACUGGUCAUUUCCCAGGAUGCUUUUGAUGCUUUCAUGAUCCUAAACAAUGCUGAUAAGGAACAGUUUGCUGAUUGGCUCACAGUGUCUGUGAAUGACAUGGGAAACAUUCUUAGGAGUGAAUUUAAAAAGUCAAACUUUGAAAGAAAGCUAAAACAGCUCAAUAUGAAACCACACAAUGAGCUUUUUACCAGAGUGAUUGGUUGCGGCAAACAGUGUCCAUUCUGUGGCGUGCCCUGUGAGGCAGGAGGAGGAGCCCAUUAUGAGCACUUUGCUUCACUGCAUCGACCACAAGGUCUGGGUUCAUAUAGGUUUGUUAGAACACAAAAACUUGACACUGAAAUAUGUUCCUCUCUUGUGAUCAGUGAUGCAUGUUUUUGCAACAGUAUUACAAAUGGUAAAUAUCAUCCCUAUAAGUGUUACAAGGAAAUGUACCCAGACUGGAAUGUCCCUCCAGAUGCGAGUCUUGAAGCAUCCGACUACUGGAAAUAUGUGAUGGCGAAGUACAACAAAGAAUUUGCUAGUGCGUAUAAUGCCAGACCUGCUGAUAUUCCUGCUGCUUGGAAAAAUAUCACAAAACAGCAGGCAACAGAAAGCCUUAAAGUGUCCUUCUGGAUCAAGUAAGAUGGACUUUGUCUGACAGAACUGAUUUUACGUGAUUGAUAAAUAGAUAGAUAUUGUUUUUACAUUAUUGAUACUUUUUCCAGUUUAAUUAAAUUACUUUGAAUACAUAACAACAACAACAAUAAUAAUAAUCAUUGUGAAUGAUUUAUGACAUUUACUGCAUAUUUACUUUUUACCUAAUGGUUCAAAUUGUACAAGGAUCUUGAAGGUUCAAACUGGGAUUUUCAUUAUGAUGAAUUAUAAUAUGUUACAGACUGGACCUCAACUGAGUGUGGUCAUUUUGUGAGUGAGCACAACCUGUCCUUGUUAAUGACCUUGAAUAUGUAUGUUUUUCUUUUUAAAUAUAACAUAUCAAAUGUCUAAGAUAAACCAAAUAGUUUCCAAUAGUAUCCUUUCUGGCACCACUGCAUUGACAAAAGUAUUGGGGCCCACCUCUUAAUCUUUGAAUUCAAGUUUUUAUAAAAAUGAAACACUUGUGCAGUGUCUUUACAAACAUUUGGGGGAAAAAGUAUAAUUCUAAAGAGCUCACAGAAUUUAAGUGCAGUAUUUUAAUAGGAUGACACAUAUCAUAGUGAUAGCUGUAGUAGGUUUAGUAGUGGCUCCAUAGUGUAGUGGUUAACACUUUUGCUUAACAAGUGAACGGUUUCUGGUUUAAACCCAAUUAGAGACACAAAUCGCUUUUGGGUUUGCAUCACAGUCUGCUGUGCACCAGAUGUGCUGUAGUGUAUUUCUUGUGGUUCUCCACUCUGCCUUGGUAGACCACCAUGUCUAUUUUUUACAUCAACCUG